GGGGCCCCGGACCCCCCGCCGCUCGCCAGGGCGGCUCGAUCCACCUUGAGGAUGUCCUUGGGGAGAGAUAUGGAGCUGGAACACUUUGACGAGCGAGACAAAGCCCAGAGAUACAGCCGAGGGUCCCGGGUAAAUGGCCUGCCCAGCCCGACCCACAGUGCCCACUGCAGCUUCUACCGAACCCGCACCCUGCAGACGCUCAGCUCCGAGAAGAAGGCCAAGAAAGUUCGAUUCUACCGGAACGGAGACCGCUACUUCAAAGGGAUUGUAUACGCCAUCUCCCCAGACCGCUUUAGAUCUUUCGAGGCGCUGCUGGCCGACUUGACCCGAACUCUGUCCGAUAAUGUGAAUCUGCCCCAGGGGGUGAGAACAAUCUACACCAUUGAUGGAGUUAAGAAGAUUUCCACCUUGGACCAACUGGUAGAAGGAGAGAGUUAUGUCUGUGGCUCAAUAGAGCCCUUCAAAAAACUGGAGUACACCAAAAACGUGAAUCCCAACUGGUCCGUGAACGUCAAGACCUCCUCCGCAUCUCGCCCCGUGUCCUCCCUCGCCGCAGCGAAGGGAGGCCCAGCGGACGUGAGGGAGAACAAGGAUUUCAUCCGCCCCAAACUCGUCACCAUCAUCCGAAGUGGCGUGAAACCCCGUAAAGCUGUCCGGAUCCUGCUGAACAAGAAGACGGCCCACUCUUUCGAGCAGGUCCUCACGGAUAUAACAGAUGCCAUCAAACUGGACUCGGGAGUGGUGAAGCGCCUCUACACCUUGGAUGGGAAGCAGGUGAUGUGCCUUCAGGAUUUUUUCGGGGACGAUGACAUUUUUAUUGCAUGUGGACCAGAGAAGUUCCGUUACCAGGAUGAUUUCUUGCUAGAUGAAAGUGAAUGUCGAGUGGUGAAGUCGACUUCCUACACCAAAAUAGCAUCAACUUCCCGUAGGAGCACUACCAAGAGUCCAGGACCAUCAAGACGUAGCAAAUCCCCUGCAUCAACCAGCUCAGUAAAUGGAACUCCUGGUAGUCAACUCUCCACCCCCCGGUCUGGGAAGUCUCCAAGCCCAUCGCCAACCAGCCCAGGAAGCCUGCGGAAGCAGAGGAGCUCUCAACAUGGUGGCUCUUCUACCUCAUUAGCGUCAACCAAAGUCUGCAGUUCCAUGGAUGAAAAUGAUGGGCCUGGUGAAGAAGUGUUGGAAGAAGGCUUCCAGGUGCCAGCCACAAUAGCAGAGAGAUAUAAAGUUGGAAGGACAAUAGGAGACGGGAAUUUUGCUGUUGUGAAGGAGUGUAUAGAAAGGUCAACUGCUAGGGAAUAUGCUCUGAAAAUCAUCAAGAAGAGUAAAUGUCGAGGAAAAGAACACAUGAUCCAAAAUGAAGUCUCUAUUUUAAGAAGAGUCAAACACCCAAAUAUUGUUCUUUUGAUUGAGGAGAUGGAUGUGCCUACUGAGUUGUACCUUGUCAUGGAAUUAGUAAAGGGAGGCGACCUCUUCGAUGCCAUAACUUCCACCAACAAGUACACCGAGCGAGAUGCCAGCGGGAUGCUGUACAACCUGGCCAGUGCCAUCAAAUACCUGCAUAGUCUGAACAUCGUCCACAGAGACAUCAAACCAGAGAACCUGUUGGUUUAUGAGCACCAAGAUGGCAGCAAAUCUCUGAAGCUGGGAGACUUUGGGCUGGCCACCAUAGUGGAUGGACCACUGUACACAGUCUGUGGCACCCCUACCUAUGUGGCUCCAGAAAUCAUUGCCGAAACUGGGUAUGGCUUGAAGGUGGACAUCUGGGCGGCUGGUGUCAUUACAUACAUCCUGCUGUGUGGAUUCCCUCCGUUCCGGGGAAGUGGAGAUGACCAGGAAGUGCUUUUUGACCAGAUUUUGAUGGGGCAGAUGGAUUUCCCUUCUCCAUACUGGGACAAUGUUUCAGAUUCUGCAAAGGAACUUAUUACUAUGAUGCUUCUAGUAGACGUCGAUCAGCGAUUCUCAGCCCUCCAAGUCCUCGAGCAUCCAUGGGUGAAUGAUGAUGGCCUCCCAGAGAAUGAGCAUCAACUGUCAGUAGCCGGGAAGAUAAAGAAGCAUUUCAACACCGGCCCCAAGCCCAACAGCACGGCAGCUGGAGUGUCUGUCAUAGCAACCACCGCUCUUGAUAAGGAGAGGCAGGUUUUCCGACGAAGACGCGACCAGGAUGUGAGAGGCCGGUUUAAGGCCCAGCAAACUCCACCCGAACUCAACUCUGAAUCAGAAGACUAUUCUCCAAGUUCAUCAGAGACUGUUCGCUCACCUAACUCGCCCUUUUAAUAAACCACUUUUCUUCAACGUCCUGGCUUAACCCUUUGAGACUCUUAAAUCCUCUAAACCUGCGUGAAACUGUCUCAUCUGAUCUUUAGAGCACUCAAUGCUUGAAUGACAGGACAGGUGUGUUUACGAUAUCUUUGUAUUAAUUUCCUUAGGGUGAAUGAAACGGCACGUGUUCUUUGUCGAGAGGGCAACUUGCUGCUACAAAUAGGAUCCUCAAAGGGUUAAGUCUGUUUUGCAGUUUUUUUUAAUGAUAAAAGCAAUGAAUGUCUUCAUCAGUCAAGCUAGGAUCUGCAGUAUGUUAUUAAUUAUAGUACAUGUUAACCUUCUGAGUGCAUACAAUUUAAGAAUACAAUUCUUUAACAAUAGUCAUUCUUUAAUAUUUAAGAGCCCUUAUUGGGGAAUGAUCAUGACUUUCUGACUCAUUGGCAGAUGUUUCUUGAUUUUGCUACAGAUUAGAAUGGGUCAACAGGAGACCAGAUCGUUUUGCCCUGAUGGCAUCAAAUUUGGUCUUUAGGUGGGUUUGCCAAUGGGAGAUAUAAUAUAGGGUCAUGAUAAUCUUCCUUUUUAGUGAAAAUGUUUUUUGAGUCGUGGACUUGUUUUACCUUUGGAAGUGCUCCCUGCAGAGAUUCCCUCCAGCCAGGCAGAAAUUGGAUUGUUGAGUCGGGGGUACUGUUUGUCAGGAGAAACACAGAGUGACACUAACAUACCUAUCAGCGUUGUGCUGACGGAUUCCGUAAAUGCUGCUAGUGACGGUGCAGAUUCUUGGGAGAAGUCACACUCUCAGGGUGCUCUUUAACAAUACUAGUUCUCCACCCUCAGUCUUCCCCUGCCGGGGAAGAAACAGCACUGAUGCAAAAGAGCAAUAAACACCCCCCAGUUGCUCUUCAACCCUAGAAUCCCAGUCGAAGGUGUGAAAUUGGGUCCCUUUCUCUGAGGUGGCUGGGGACCCCUCUCCUGAAAUAAGAUUAAUGCGUAGGAGGGAUGCAGUGAUACUGUUUUGUUGGGGGGUUUUUGGUGUUUCCACGGGAGGAGUUGAGCUGAAGGAAAGUAAAGUGGCAAGAAUAUUCUGAAUUUUCUGAAUCUGUCAUUACUCUGUUCACCCCAAGUACCGGUGCCGCUUCGCACAAGCCGUUCAUUUGCUUCGAUUGUCUAUGUGUAAUGGAUCUAGAGCUAUAGGCAGGAGCAGAAAAGCCUUAGGGGCCCCUGCCUAGGCAAGAGCCAUUGGCAUCUAGGAGAGUGUCCUCAGAGGCAACUCCAACCGGCCUCUAUCGGUUUCUGAAUUUACCACGUCAAGAGGGGAACGGAUUGAUUUGGUUUUAGGCUUCUUAAGUGUCGUUUCUUUCUUGGGCCAAGGAUCUCUUUCCUGGUAGCACAAGUGUGUCUGUAUUUCUGUAAAGAAUUUCUUGUAGACUGUAUCACCUUUGAACAUGAGAGAGCCCUCUACAUAUCCUCUCAUCCAUGCCAUCGAGGUGUUUGGAGGAUAACACAGGUCCUUGGCUGGUCACAGGCAGGAGGCUGUUUCAGAUGACCUCUUUAGAUCUCUUUCAGUCUUCUAGUCAUGGAGAACAAUGCAGAGAAGGAUUGCUUAGAAAAUCUGUGAUGUCUAUGAAAGGCUCUUUUUCAAAGUGUUUUUGAUAUGUUCCCUCUAGAGUUUCAAGUGUGAGGUUAGGGCUUAAUUUUAAAAUUCAAGGUAAGCAUUAAUGGCUUUUUUUCCCACUUUCCUUCUUGCAUAUGUUUCAUAUGUACAAGCUUACAUCUCUUUAAAUGGAAACAUUUGAUGACUUGUGUAACUGCUUCCCCUAAUGCUCUCUCACCUCCACACGAGUGUGCCCCUGACAAGGAAAUGAGACACGUUUUUGGAAGGUUUCUUUUCUUUCAAGAGUCCUGGAAGUGAGCACACCAAAUGGCAAAAUUCACUGUCCUUUGGGUGUAUUUUUGUGAGAGGGGGGAUAAAAGGAACCAUUUUUCUGCACGCUUUCCUUUGAAGUACUCUUUUUAAGGGGCCCAAACAAAGCAUUGGUGAUUAUUUGAAGGAGAUUGAGAAGUUUGGUUUGGAUUAAGGAGAUCUAAAACUAACUUGAUGUGUAUACUGUUUCAUCCAGUAGAUAACAUGUGGCUAAAUAGUAGUAAAGGAAACAACUGGUCAGAAAUUAUUGUUUUUUCUAGACAGAUAGCUCAUUUAAGCAAAGAAAAUCAGUUUUAUACAUCUAAGAAAUAGUAAUUUAAUUGGCCUCUCCUUGUGUGAUAAUCUGAUGAACCAUAUGGCAGAGUGGUUAUCUGCUGUAAAAUACAUUCUCUUUCUUUCUUCUUAAUUAUUUCUUUUUUUCUUCUUUCCUUUUUUUCCCUCUAGUUCUAUCUUUCUCUCCCUCCCUCACCUCUUUCUCACUAUAAUUUGCUGCAUUAAUUCUUCUUUUCCCAGAAGAACUUAAUGGAUUUCUUAAAAUGUCCAUUGAAGAGGGUGGUAAAUUGUGCAACCAUGGUCUUCAGAUCACCGAAUUCAUUGCUAGUUUUACAGCUCUGGGCUGCGUUGGUGCAACUGAGUGAAAUCCUAGGGCACAGGAUUUACUUGGUAUGUGAUGGAAUCUGGGGUCUGAAUUCAACUCUCCCUUUGGAGCAUCGUGAGCAAAAUACAUUGUGGAAUGUGACUUUUCAUCCAUAGAAUGCAAACCAUUAAUGCAUUUAGUUACCCAGAUCCAGAAUGUUGUAGGUGUACUCAGAGGGUUAACAGAAAAGCACAAGGCAUGCUGAUUACAUUGGUGUAUCCAAACCGCUUCGCUUCUUAGGCAGUGUUUGCUAAUUUUUCAGAAAAUUCUUAGAACAUUUCAGGUUUGAAACAAAUUAAGUGUUGUUGUUAUUCAAGGAAUUGCGAUAACCGAAUUAAUCUCAUUUUUCAUUUCUCUUCGCGGAGUAUAAUACCAUAACGCAGUAUGUCUGUAGCUAUAAAUUUUAUCAAUUCCACAAGUGAUAGGUUUUUUUUUUUUCAAGUACUUAAUAUAGUGCUUUUGGUGGUGGCAUAGGUGACUGAGACUGUCUUCUCUGGCAAAUUAACAGCAAUGUGGUAUUUUCAAGGGAAUUCCAUGAUUCAGCUUUAUGGUUUGGAGAAUACUGGAUGGGGAAAAGCUCUUUCUUCGUCUGCAUCCCGUAAAUCAACUUCGUAGAUAAGAACUGUCCAUAUUAAUGAACAUAUGUUUCUUGACAUUGUAGCCGAAAAUUGUCUCACUGGCCAGUAAUCCACCAAAGUGUGAUUGGCUUCAGACUGUUAGAGGGAAAAAUAAGACUUAAAUCCUUGAGGUUGUGCUUCUUUUUACACUAGCCCCCUCAUCUGAUUUCCAUGUGGUACAUACUAUGAUAAGCAAAGCCAACCUGUGAAUAAAGUGAAAAUAUGUGGCGUUUCGUAUUCAGUGGGGCACAGUAGUGUGUAAUGGUUAGCAAGCCAGACAACUGCUGUUGAAAUGAAAGCAAUAUUUCCAUGAAGGAGAACUAAAUUGCAAUUCUUUACCCUCUGAGCUAUAUUUCAGUUGAAUAAGCGGAAGAAAGAGGGGGGCGGUGGGAAAUGAAAGAAAAAUGGACUCAGAGGGGCACAGAGCUGCUAUAUGACCAGAGGUCAGGAACAUUAAAUCACUGUUAUGCGUUGGCCUAAGGUAUACAUUGGGAAAUUGUAUCCCCUGUAUUGAGUUUUGAUUGUGGUGAAGGAGAGCUUUCCUAAUAUUAUUGUGGUACCCGUGAGCACAGCUCGGGUGAAGGGACUGUCGGUAUUUCCAUGAUAAACUCCCAUUUGGAAGGUUUUUAAUUUGACCAUAAAAAUGUGCUCUAGGCUGCACCUCGGCAUACAGGGAAUGAAGCCCAGGGAGUGAAGUUUACUUCUCGUCUCAACCCACGGCCCUGAAAUAGAAAGAAAUCCAGUUUGGCUUGUAUUUUACCCUGCAGAGAAAUUGUACAUGGUAGUUGGGGGUUUCCGCAGGGAUGGGAGGGACGGGAUUUAAAAGACCACUGAGUUAUAUGGUCUGGAUUGAGGUGGACACACAUACUUUGUAGCGUAGAACACAUCUACCAAUUUUGUUUUAUUGUACCCUACCAAGCACUCAGUACAGUACUCUGCACACAGUAAGCGCUCGAUAAAUACGAUUGAUUAAUAGAAGCCAUCUGACAGGUCCUUACAUCGACCUCCUAGGAAAUUUGCCCUAGAAAGGAGGGGCUUCCCUGGGUGCUCAUGUCACAUCCACUAAGGUUUACGUGAGUUUUUCAGGGGCCACCGAGGGAGACUGGCAGUGAGCAAGAGUCACUUUUGCGUAUGGUAAUUGUAGAGGACAGAUUACUACAUUGCAUUUUUAAUAGUUUUUUGGAUUGUCUCCUGUUCGAACGGAAACGUACGUAGCGGAAGCGACGUUGUAAUUGGCACUUUUCGAACUGCACCAACCAUGAGAAUGAUUUGCCAGUUCUGUAGGAACUCGUUAAGGAAAAUUUGUGCUGUGGAACACAGUGGCUCCGAGGCCAGACUUGGGCACAAAAGCAUAUCAUCCUGUCCCACACCGUGUUGUGUUGUAUCGGCAGGUGUCUUGAGUCCCAAGAGCAUUCCCUAAUUGUGCCGUUGUGUUCUAGCCAAAUCAUAUAGUGAAAACACACCUUCUGGCCAAAUGGAGUGCAAUCAGUUUUUCUGAGGGAUUUUAACAACAAGGAGUAAAGAUAGAAUUCUGAUAAAACCAGGGCAAACUAUGUAGAAUUUCAUAUAUAUCAGUUCUUCACUUGGAACACUUGAUGAUGGCCCAGUUCAUUUGAAGAACACUGAGGAAAUGAUUGUUUAUGUAGUAUUAGUUGUUGAGCAACACUUUGGCAUUAUAAGGCACUUAAUGAAUGUGUUUUUUCUAUUUGCUACAGAAGUUAAGGAUGCCCACUUGUACCUCCAGUAACUUUAAGGGUCAAUAUCUGACAGGAAACGGGAAUUCGACAGACUCGGGAUUUCCUGUAUUUAAGCCUGGGGUUUGAGGUUGCUUGACCAUUUUUCAAAUGGCUUUCAAAUGGUAGUGUGAUCUAAUUAUAAUACUGUCUCAUCAAAGCCUUGAAAGGCAAGCCAAUUUCUUCCUCCCAACCUGAAUCUUCUCUAAAAUAUUUCCCUUUUUUGGUCUUUUCACCAAGACCCUUAAUGUUACUUUAUUAUAACUGUAUUUUUCUGUGAAUACAUUUUAAGUAUUAUUAUUUUAAACUCUACUAAUGGUAAAGAUUUUUUUAAAACGUUAUUAAAGAGGGUCAUGUAAAAGAUGACGGUUAUGUUACAAUGUAAAUUCAUUCAGAGCCAGUGAAAUAGGUCCCACAGAGAUCUCAAGAAUUCCCGAAAGGCAAUUUAUCACUUGCUAUUAUAGUGAUACUCUGUGUGUUCUUAGAGAAAAAAAAAACAAUUCUGAAACUGGUCCAAGGUUAAAGACCUAUCCUCUAUAACUUUUUUUUUAUUUUAUUAGAGAAUUAAUAAUGGCUUUUUACAUCCCAGUUGAAAGAAAAUUAUUAAAGGAUUAGUUGAGUGUGAAAUUAAAUAGCACUUUUCUCAUGCAUGCUAAAGAGGGGGCAAGGAACUCAAUGCAUUUAAACAAGUUUCUGAAUGGUUUCAAUUUUGUGCAAGAAAAGAAUUCAGUGUUUCCUUUGAAAAUACCAAGUUGAACAGUUGCUGCGUGGAUCAGAUGACAUAGGUUAAUCUCUAAUUUUCAGGAUCCUAAUUAAAUAACUUUCAAAUGAUUUGUAUCGAUGAUUAAAGCUGGAAUGAGGUCCAAUUUUUUUUCUCAGUUUAUGCUAAUAAAUGUAGGUUCAUGUGGAAUGAGAUCAUCUGUGAUAUUAUGUUCAUUUAUGAACUAAGCUUUUUUGAUGUUGCUUGUUUUUAUGUAAAACAUGUUCUUUAAACUAAUAAAAUAGUAGUACUGGAUGUAUCAA